CGAGCAGAGCUUGACAACGGAAAACCCGAACUGCAAUAACUUGUUGAUUUAAAAUAAAAUCAGGUCGUCUUUUUUAUGGUUUAUAGCUGAAAAUGAGGCCAAUUGAAAAAUGGAAAGAGACGGUUCGUGAUCGUGUUUAUGACCUCGCUUUCAAGCCAGAUGGCAGCCAAAUUAUAAUGGCUGCAGGGCAACGUGUGCUGGUCUGCGAUGCCAAAGAUGGGACUAUUAUUCAGCCUUUAAAAGGACACAGUGAUACAGUGUACUGUGUGGCCUAUGCCAGGGAUGGUAAGAGGUUUGCGUCAGGGUCUGCAGACAAAAGCAUUAUCAUUUGGACUUCUAAACUGGAGGGUAUUUUAAGAUAUACCCACAACGAUGCAAUCCAGUGUGUCGCCUACAACCCAAUCACUCAUCAACUUGCUUCCUGCUCAUCUGGUGACUUUGGCCUGUGGUCCCCUGAACAAAAAUCUGUAAACAAGACUAAAGUGAGUAGCAGAAUAACAUGCUGCGGGUGGACAAACGAUGGGCAGUACCUCGCCCUCGGCAUGAUGAAUGGUGUGGUGAGCAUACGGAACAAGAAUGGAGAGGAGAAGGUCAAGAUAGAGCGUCCAGGAGGAUCUUUAUCUCCAAUCUGGUCAAUAGCGUGGAAUCCAUCCAGGGAUGAGCACGACACACUGGCUGUGGCAGACUGGGGUCAGAAACUCUCCUUCUACCAGCUCAGUGGGAAACAGGUGAACGUUUUAAAAGAGAGAACUCUAAACUACGACCCUUGUUGCAUCAGCUACUUCUCCAAGGGCGAGUACAUUGUAAUGGGUGGCUCUGACAAACAGGUGUCCCUCUAUACUAAAGACGGUGUGCGGCUAGGAACCAUUGGAGAGCACAAAGCCUGGGUGUGGACAUGCCAAGUUAAGCCCAACUCCAACUACGUGGUGUGCGGCUGCCAGGAUGGGACCAUCUAUUGCUACCAACUUAACUUCACCACAGUUCACGGCCUCUACAAAGACCUCUACGCCUACAGAGACAACAUGACCAAUGUCAUCGUGCAGGACCUCAUCACUGAGCAGAACCUGAGAAUCAAGUGCCAUGAGCUGGUAAAGAAGAUCGCCAUCUACAGAAACCGUCUGGCCAUUCAGCUACCCGAGAAGAUCAACAUUUGCACGGACGACUUAUCCACCAUGGAAUACCGCAUUACUGACAAAAUCUGCAAAAAGUUUGAGUGCAACCUGCUGGUGGUCUGCUCCCAGCACGUCAUUCUCUGUCAGGAGAAAAGGCUCCAGUGUCUGUCUUUUGCCGGUGUCAAGGAAAAAGAAUGGGUGAUGGAAUCUAUGAUUCGUUACAUCAAAGUGAUUGGUGGCCCGCCAUGCAAAGAGGGUCUACUUGUGGGGUUAAAAAACGGAGCUAUAUUGAAGAUAUUUAUCGACAACCCCUUUCCAAUAACGCUGCUGAAGCUGUCGUUGUCAGUGCGCUGCCUGGACAUGAGUGCGUCCCGCAAAAAGCUGGCUGUGGUGGAUGAACGUAACACCCUCCUCGUCUACGACAUCAAAAGCAAAGAACUACUUUUUCAGGAGCCUAAUGCUAACAGUGUUGCCUGGAACACCCAGUGUGAAGACAUGCUGUGCUUCUCCGGGAACGGCUACCUGAACAUCAAGGCGAGCAACUUCCCUGUGCACCAGCAGAAAAUGCAGGGCUUUAUGGUCGGCUACAACGGCUCGAAAAUAUUCUGUCUCCACGUCUAUUCCAUGUCUGCAGUCGAGGUGCCUCAGUCAGCACCCAUGUACCAAUACCUAGAGAAGAAGAUGUUUAAGGAAGCUUAUCAGAUCGCCUGUCUGGGUGUGACAGACAGUGACUGGAGGGAUUUAGCCACAGAAGCUCUGGAGGGACUUGACUUUGAAACCGCCAAGAAGGCCUUUAUUAGAAUAAGAGACUUGCGCUACCUGGAGCUGAUCAGCAGCAUUGAGGAGAGGAAGAAGCGGGGCGAGAACGACAACGAGCUCUUCCUGGCAGACGUCUAUGCCUUCCAGGGGAAAUUCCGCGAGGCAGCUAAGCUCUACAAACGUGCCGGCCAUGAAUCCAAAGCCCUGAGCAUGUACACCGACCUGCGCAUGUUCGAGUACGCCAAGGAGUUUGUUGGUGCUACAGACCCACAGAGCUCAAAGUUACUAAUAACGAAGCAGGCAGAUUGGGCUAAAUGCAGCAAGGAGCCACGAGCUGCAGCUGAAAUGUACCUGUCAGCAGGAGAACACGCGAAAGCUAUAGAUAUUAUUGGAGAACACGGCUGGGCAGACAUGCUGAUCGACAUCGCCCGCAAGCUAGACAAGGCCGAGCGUGAACCGCUGGCGAAGUGUGCGAUGCACUUUAAGAAGCUGAGGCACCAUGGCUAUGCCUCAGAGACUUAUUCCAAGAUGGGGGACUUGAAGGCUUUGGUGCAGCUGCACGUGGACACGAGACACUGGGAAGAGGCCUUCUUGCUGGUGGAGAAGCACCCGCAGUUCAAAUAUGACGUCUUUGUGCCUUACGCCCAGUGGUUGGCUGAAAACGAUCGCUUCGAGGAGGCGCAGAAAGCAUUUCACAAGGCCGGGCGUCAGAAUGAAGCAGUAAAAGUCCUGGAGCAGCUUACCCACAAUGCAGUGGUGGAGAACAGGUUCAACGACGCAGGCUACUAUUACUGGAUGCUGUCUAUGCAGUGUUUGGACAUUGCCCGAGAAAACACAGAACAGAGGAAGGAAAUGCUGGAGAAGUUUGAGAGCUUUCAGCAUCUUGCUGAGCUUUAUUACGUCUACAGCUCCAUCCAGCGUUACACGGAUGAACCUUUUAGUUCCCACAUGCCAGAGACAAUCUUCAGCCUCUGCAGGUUCCUGCUGAACAACCUCACCAAGGAUGUACUUCCGGGGAUUUCUAAAGUCAACACCUUGUUUGCUCUGGCCAAGGAGAGUUGCAAACUGGGAGCGUAUAAGUUGGCCAGGUAUUCCUACGAGAAGCUGCAGGAGCUUCACAUUCCCUCACACUUAGUGGAGUCCAUAGAGCUGGGCAGCCUCAUGAUUCACUCCAAACCCUUCCACGACAGCGAGGACUUUAUUGAGGACAUGAUGUGCUACCGCUGCUCCACAAACAACCCGCUUCUGAACAGCCAGGGCAGCGUGUGCAUCAACUGCCGGCAGCCUUUCAUCUACUCCGCUUCGUCGUACGAGGUGCUGCCUCUGGUGCAGUUCUACCUGGGGGAGGGAAUCGGUGAUGAAGAAGCUCUGUCCCUCAUCGACCUGGAGGUUCCUCACACAGAAGAUUGCAAAGCACAAAGCCCCAACGUGGGCAGCAGUGCGGACAUGGAGACUCUGAGGAUAGACGACGGGUUGGUUAAUUCAGACGACGAUCCGUUUUCAGCCAAAAUGAGCUUCGAGCAAGGGGGCUCCACCUUUGUCCCCGUCAAGGUGAGUCGUUCGGUGCUGCGCUCCAUGAGCAGAAGGGACGUCCUGAUCAAACGCUGGCCCAAGCCGCUCAAAUGGGAAUACUUCCGCUCCCUGCUGCCGGAUGUGAGCAUCACCAUGUGCCCCAGCUGCUUCAAGAUGUUUCACAGUGAAGACUAUGAGAUCCUUUUGCUGCAGCACAGCUGCUGUCCUUACUGCCGUCGACCCAUUGAUGAACCCAACUGAUCAGCACUAUAUUAAAUUUAUCAAACAUUUCA